AUGUGUGAGAACUAUAUCGGUCGGGAGAAUAUCCAUACCUUUUUGGUGGAUAUGAGAUCGGUCCCCGUUUUUCAUCAAAACUCACUUGCUCCUAUCACCCAUUUUCAGCCUGGUCUUGUUUACACACGUAGAAGUAGAGAUGAGGCCUAUGUUGAUGAUUAUGCUCUUAUACCGGUUCUCGAAACAGGUUUGCUACUUUCAUCUCCCGUGUCUUCUUUGCUACCGGCUCCCGCCAUCGACCCACCACCACUAAGACGGUCAUCUCGCAACUCACAUCCUCCGAACAGGUUUCUAAAUUCCCCUCCCUCAUACAAGCUUAAGUAUAAUACCGAUUCUGCCAUUCGCUGUCUUUCUCGUGUUUUAUUAUUUAACCUCACUGGAGUGGGAGAGGUGAUUGAUGAAGACGUGCUUCAUGCACGGGUUCCUUUUGUUGCCCGAACACAGCAGUGUUUUACUGUCAAGGCUGGAAUUGAUGGACUUUUGGAUAUUGCAUGGAGAACAAUUUGUGAUACCAGUGAAGGUUUACCAUAUAGAUGCAACCAUAAUGAUGUUGAGGAGAUAUGUAUUACAAAGGAAGUUAAGUGUACCAAUGGAAUCAUUUAUAAGAGACCAACUCAAGUGCAAAUGUUAGAUUUUCCUUCAGUAGAACUGCAGCUUGUCACUUGUUCCUCCCUAUUUCCUUACAACAUUUAUAAUAUUCUAGGGAAUCUUGUGUUCACGUCAUUCGAUUGUUCUUAUCUGAACGUGAGAAAUAAGUCUGCUGCUGCGGAGUGCUAUAUUAGAACAGAAGUUUGCCUUGAAAGUUGUUAUAGAUAUCUUUUAACCUUAUUAAAUGCCAUAAGGGAGGACGUUUCUGCACUAACUCCUCUUGCGGAGGUCUUAUGCCUUCUAGAUAUGAUCAUCAAUUCAUUUGCUUACACAAUCUCAACUAAGCCUGUAGAUAGAUAUACUAGACCAGAAUUUACAAGUGGAAUUAAGAUACUGAGGAGCAGUAUCCGAGAUUCCAAUGAAAAGUCUUGA